AUGGAUGUUCAAGAGAUAUCGCUGAAUCGUGCCGAGAUUGCGGCGAGGAGAGACAAAGAUGACUUGCUUGCUUAUUUGGAUGAUCUGCUCGAGCACUAUCUCAAUACGUUGCACGAAUAUCACAAAGUCAUGGGUGAGCUGUCGACGCAACUCUCUUCGGGAUACAUGUCACUUGCCCAGGCGAACUUCCACAAUUCCUCCUCUGCAAUUCGAUACGGACAGGACUGUUAUGAUGAACGUAUGCAAGCAAUACGUAAAGUUCACGUUGCCGAACACGGGCGUCUCCUAACUGACCGUCCUCACUUCUCUAUCCAUCCACCUGACGCUACUCCUCGAAGCAGAAAAGCCCCGGUUUCUGAAGAACAGGAGCAUCAACCAGAAGACGAGGGAGUUGAACUUUCAUCAGCAACAAAAGACGAAGCAGAGACGACCCCUGAUGCAGACCAACGAUCGAACCAAGACCCAGAGGAGACUGAAAAAGAGAAGAAGUCAAGUGAGAAGAUUGCUGAUCCGCUCAAAUGGUUCGGAAUCCUCGUUCCGCCCGCUCUCAGAACUGCACAGUCGACAUUCGUGUCUGCAGUAGAGGGCCCGAUUCCACAGCUCGCUACUAUAGCAAAGGAUCUGAGAACGCAGGAAAUUGAAAUUGGACGGGUGAGGAAGCAGAUCAAGAAGAUGUAG